AUGUACGCGUUGAUCGGCAAGGACGCCCUCACGGCCCGCCGUGUUCCACUCUGGGCACUUGGCCUUCCCGCUAUCCUGGCCAAGCGCCGGCCAAGCGUCGGACGUUGUCCGUGUCGAAGCCCAGGCCAUUCCCCACUCGUGAAGAACAUCACUCGAUGGGGCGGAGAUACGGGCUCAGACCGGGAAUGUGCCGAGCUUGAAGAACUGUCGACCUCGUCCCGCCGUGACCACCUCUGGAUCGGCGACAACCGCCGUGCCGCCAACGGUCGUCCCUUGCUCGAUGAAUCGUCUCGCACCCACAUUCUCGUGUCUAACGGCACCAUCGUCGGCAACCACUGUGCAGAGGCUAAAAAGCUUCUCGACCAGGGUUACUAUCACUUGGCGGACAUGAGCCACAGGCCGAACAUUCGCACGACCAAGCGCAAGUUUGAUGUCGCCCAGGCCAACCGUGUCAUGGCAGGCCGCAACCGUUACCCGUUCCCCGAAGUGGAGCGUCGCGAGGUCGUCUACGCAGUCACCAUCAGCGGGCUCCUCAUGGACGCCAAGAACAACCCCUCCACCAACCCGGCACCUUUUGCGUCGUCGUUCUUCUGCCCAAGCCUGACAUAUGACACGUUGUUUUUCGACGAGUCGGCCGACCUGGGACUGGGAGGCGCGGCUGUCACGCUUGGCGACAGUGUCUUCGACUUGGGUGAUCAGAGUCUGCUGGGCGGCUUCGUCUUCGUCGGCCAUGUGGGUGUAAAACAGCGACUCUUCGGUGGCGGCCUUGUUCUGAAUGCCGUUCACAAUGUCCUCCUCAACGGUGCCGGUGUGGUAAUACAGGUACACCCUGACCUGGCGGCGCUGGCCAUAACGGUUGAUGCGGCCGAUCAACUGUUGAAUGUCCAUGUAGAGCCAUGGCAGGCCGAAGAUGUGGAGGGUGUUGGCGCGGUGGAGGUUGAUGCCGGUAAUGCCGACAGCCUUAAUGACGAGAAUCCUAGUCUUGGCAGGCUUGAACAUGCGCAUCUCGUCGGACGAGUUGUAGUAGAUGACCGGGUUAGAGUCCUGCGACUCGUCGCGCUGGACAUGGUCGACAAUGGCCUGGCGUUUGGCCGUGGGCAGUAG